AUGGAAGAUGCUCGUCGCAAGUAUCUCCAUAAUAAGAUAUUCAAAGCCAUUGUACCCCAGUUCGUUGACAGCAAGUAUGACCAUGGUCCGUUCAAGUUAAUUUGCGACGAUUUCCGGCUUGGAAAUAUACUCGUCAACAACGCACAGGAUCUGAAGAUAGUCGCCGUCCUCGACUGGGAAUGGGCUUAUACAGCGCCAUUUCAGAUGCUCUACUCGCCCCCGCGGUGGCUACUUCUGAAGAAGCCGUUUGAUUGGGACGAUGUGGAUAUUUCUAAGUACAAUUCGCUCCUUAAGAAGUUCGUUAACGUACUGGAGGAGGAGGAGCAGAAAAGAUCAGAAGGUCUCUCAAGGCCCAGUAUGGCGACCCUCAUGCACGAAUCCAUGAAGGACGGAAAAUUCUGGUUUCAUGAGUUGAUCUACUCUUGCUUCGAAUCGCCCGACAGCCGGGCUUGGACCGCUAUUCGACAGCUUCUACCUUCCAUUGAUGAGCUCGCGACAGUUCCCGGCCCUGAAGUUGAACUGUUCGUGAACAGCAAGAUGGAGCAGCUAAACCAGUAUAAUGUGGAAUGGGCGGCAAUGAAAGAGGAGAUCGAUAAAAAGGAGGCGGAAUUCCUAGCGCUGAAGAAGAGGGUAGAAGAGGACUCAGUUUAG